UUACGUGAGUUUUGACCCACCAUGGCUGCCGUUAACAGCAGCAAGCUCAGCCUCUCCAAAUCACAGCUGAACGUUAUGUCCAAAUGGAACAUAAUGCCGUACAAACUGCAUUUAAUUUUUACUUUCCUUCUUUUAUUUGUAAGUUUGUGUUUUUCCGACGAUGACCAUGAAAUGGAAGAGUUCCUGAAGCGGGAGUUUUCCCUCUCCAAGCCUUACCAAGGUGUGGGAUCUUUAGGCUCCUCCCACUGGGAGCUGAUGGGGGAUGCCAUGGUAACCACUGACCAGGUGCGACUCACACCCGACAUGCAGAGCAGACAGGGGGCAGUAUGGAGCCGCAUUCCAUGCCACUUAAAGGACUGGGAGAUGCAGGUGCACUUUAAGGUUCAUGGGCAAGGAAAGAAGAACCUCAAUGGUGACGGUCUGGCCAUUUGGUAUACCAAGGAGCGCAUGCAGAAAGGUCCUGUAUUUGGAAAUAUGGACAACUUCACUGGCCUGGGUGUGUUUGUGGACACCUAUCCCAACGAGGAGAAGUACAUAGAGGCGCAGAAGAAGAGAUACACCCCCCGCACACAGAGGAUCUUCCCGUUCGUUAUUGCCAUGGUGGGAAACGGCACCAUUAGUUACGACCACGAGCGGGACGGUCGCCCCACCGAACUCGGUGGCUGCAACGCCAUGGUGCGCAACCAAAAGCACGACACGUUCCUCUUCAUUCGAUAUAUCCGCCGCAGGCUCACGGUGAUGAUAGACAUCGAUGGUCAGCAUGAGUGGCGGGACUGUCUGGACAUACCUGGAGUGAGGCUGCCUCUGGGAUAUUAUUUCGGAGCUUCAGCAAUCACCGGAGAUCUCUCGGAUAACCAUGACAUCAUUUCCCUCAAACUUUACCAACUGACGGUGUUGCGGAGUAAAAAGGAGGAAGAGGAGGAGGAGGAUGUAGUAACUAUCCCCAGCGUGGACAACAUGGAGCUCCUCAGAUUGGGUCAGAAUGAAGAAGGGAUGAGCGGAUUAGCCAUUUUCUUCACUGUGCUCUUCUCCAUGCUGGGAUGCAUCUUCCUCGUCGUCAUCGGCAUGGUGGUCUACAGCCACUGGAACGAGAGCCGGCGUAAGCGCUUCUACUGAGGAACGCCACAAAGGGCUCAGGGAUUAUGAUGACUACUGUGGGCCACCAACCCAGCUGAGAUCAGAUGAGAAGUAAGGCGCUCCCACUGAGCGGCGGAGCAGCAGAGGUUUUUUUUUACCCAGUUUGACAGGAGAAGGAGGACAGGUUUUCCCUGCAACUGAAGCCAUUUUUCCAGCAGUGGUUCUGAACCAGCUGGAGGGGUUUACAUUUUUCACCUCUGAUAGUUCUUCUAAGUAGCUAUGUUCACUACACAUACCCAUAAGUUACUUAAAUGUAAUAAUGUUGUCCAGAUGACUGCCUAAAUUAACUUCUCAAUAUUUAAAUCAUGUUAAAAGGGUGGAUUUUAAAAUACAUGUCAGUCUUCCCUGGGCUGCACAAUACUCUGCAAACUUAUUGUUAUCCCAACAUCUCUGUCUGGACUAGAGAGAAUUGCCUGGACUGCAAUAAAUGCUAGGUAGUAAUUGAAGUACCAGACAUAAAGCCUCUAUACGUUUUGUAAUACAAGUUUGUUUUAUUGAGCAUGGAAAGUUUUAGAAGACUGUAAAGUCAGAAGCGGCUUUUUCAAUGAAACGUUGUUUUUGAGAUGGAAAUAAUGAAUACAUUUUGUCCAGAAGCUGGAAGGAUUUGCUCAUUAUCUGUGGUAUACGUUUAUUACUGUGAGUUUAUUUUUGUAUGUCUUAUUCAUAUCUUUAUUGCGUCAUUCACCACUGCCAUCGAAUUUCAUGUUUCCCUUACAUCAUGCAGCCUUAUUCUUUCCCCAAGCCGAAAGUAAAUAAAUGAGUCAUUUUAAAAUUUGGUCACUCAGCUGACAUUUUUAGUACCACAUUGGAUUAUGAGCUUGAGAAAGAUGUUCUACUUUCAUUAUUUAUACAGUUGAUUUAUUAUUUAAUUUACUCCAAAGCUUCUUGCUGCACUUUACGAAAAAGGCAAAAAAGUUUAAGAGAAAUACUAUGUAAGAUAUUUGAUCAGGUCCAUCCAUCCAUCCAUUUUCUCCCGCUUAUCCGGGGUCAGGUGGAUGGAUGGAUGAUCAGGUCUGUCCGUUUAUACUUUACAAUUAGUGUAGUUGUUUUGAACUUGUUUAAUUCAUCUAUAAUUUAAAUUGAAUCUAGUUCGGGUUCUUCCAGCUGUUAUGUUGUGUGAGAACUUUGUUUUUUAUCAUUAUCUGGAUAAAUUUAGUAGUGCCUUCCCUGAAUUUUGUCUGGAAGGUAACAUUGUACAUAAAUCUCGAAUUUUAAAUAACAAAUUUUUCAUGUUGCAUUAAUGGAUACUCUGUUUCUUGAUCUUAGCUUAGGAAGGGAUUCUGGACCCAAUUUCAGCGUUUUCCACUUGUUGAUUGAUGUAACUUUGGGUUCGGGUCAGGAUUUUUAACAAAGCUGCCUCCCUUCUUACCUUGUACUAUCACCAUGGUGCUAAAAGCUUAAGCUGUUCCAUGGGCACCUUUAGUUUCCUUUAGCGAUCCAGUACAUAUAAAGCGCCUUCUCUUAACCAAUCAAUGCUCUGAGAAAACGGAGUGGCAAAAAAAAUAUUGUGUUAAAGGAGCAGCAGCAUUUUCUCUCUCCUUUCACAUGGUUAUCAUAUGUUCCACAGACAUUUUUGGCACCACCAGAAUGGAUCCUUAUGUACUCGAAACAGGCCGACUACGCCAAGUUUAAUUUUCUCCAUCUCAGAAAAUUUAACUUAGAUUUAAUAAUGUGAGUUUUCUUCCUGUGUCUGUUGAAGCUCCUUCCUAUUAGAACUCCUGACUGUUUUUAAUCCAAUGCUGAUUUAGCAAAUAUCUUGAUGCAGAAUUCUAAUCUGUUUACAAUAUUUUUUGUGGAAUCCAUUAAUGCUUAAAUUCAUCACCCUCCAAAUUCACAAUCUUUUUAUGAAAUGGUGCAUGAGGCCAACCCAUAUGGACUCACAUUUAAAGAGGAUCUUAACUUAAAAACAUGCUAAAGUACCAAAUCUAAGGUUUGCAUGCAUUUUUCUUAAAAUGCAAACACUAUGUCCAUCUAAAAAAAAAAAAAGAAGUUUUUAUUUUGAAAUGUGAUAUCAAGAUUUUGUUAAACGAUUAUAUUCCGCUUGUUUAGGAGAUUGUGUUGCUUUGCAUUCUCAAAGCAACACAAUCUCCUCUCAGUGAUUUUUAGAGCCGGAAAAUGUCAGUUUUUCAGCUUGUGUGUCGUCCAGACUGCUGUUUACGUUUUGAGUAAAACUGAUUUUAAAAUGUUCGUAUGUGUUGAAGGCAAAUCAUUUAUUGUUGGAUGUGAUAAAAGAUAUGAAGGUAUUUUAUCUCUACUGGCUUUCACCAAUGCAGAGUUUGAACACGACUAGUCUGGGUUUUUAGGCUUUUACGAGAUAAUGUGGGAGAAUUUAACUUCAAAUAUAUUUAUUAAAGAUAUUUUUCCUGUGAGAGACUUGAGAUUUGUUAAGAAUGUAAGCAACAUAACUGCUACAGACAGUCUUUCUCUUUCCUUACACUAAAAUGACCUUUUGUUUGUCGUUUCUUUUGUUACGAGUACAAACAUGUCUCUUGUCUCUGUUACAUGUCUUUGCUGUCAGCACAUGCAGGUCUGACGCAACAGGCUGUUGUUGAUGCACAUCAUCUUUAUGCUUCAUAUUUGUUUGGUUCUUUUUUGUAAGAUGACUAGCAUCUUAUUUCCCAUGACACUCAUUUGCAUUCUGUGGUUGUUUUUCUUUUAAUAAAAUGCGUCUUAUCUACCGUUCAAUACAA